UUAUGGAGCAAAGAAUGUGUAAUUGGAUACAUGAGCAUGAAUUCUUGCGUAACCAAGCGAGAAACGAGCGCCGUUGAGUUAGAAUUGCGGCUCAUUACACACAGUCACGGCAAAAGCAUCCAAGAGUCAGUCCAGAUUGCGGAGUGUUCAUUUGCCGUCAACAGGACGCCCCUAUCGAGUCGGUGAACUAAUAUAGCCAGUGGAGCUAACUUCGACACCGCACCUAUACGCAACUGGAAAAAGUGGGUGGGGCUCGUCGACGAGCUACAACAGCGCAGUCAUAACAAGGUUUUGCAGCAGUAGUCUCUACUGAUUCCAGGGUGGAAGAAUGGCACAGCACCACCUUCUACUAGCUGCUCUGCUCCAGCUACUAAGAAUAGCAUCUGGUGAUGGUGAGAUGUCUCUGGUCCUGCCGGAAACUGGCUACUGUGGAGAGGCAAUCUCAGGGAAUUGUACUGCUAGAGACUCCACGAGGCUGACUCUGGAUAUAUCUGGACUCAAUUAUCACACAUUCACUCCAGAGGGGAGCCAGAAAUCAGUCGUUCUCGAGGGCGUCUCACUAGAUGUGGUGGAGCUUACGCCAACCCAAGACAAGUUUAAGUUUGUAGUGUCCAUCUCGUACACCCUUGAGGAGACACUUACCAUCAGCUGCAGAAAUGACAAAGUAGACGAAAUCCACAAAGUCCUACUGCAAAGUGGCAACUGUUCGUCGCCACUCAAAUAUGUCGCAGACUCUUCAAUGAUAGUGUGGGAGAGACCAAAGUGUCUAGGGUGGGAGUCGGUCCUAGUUUACACCAUCAGGAUUUCGACCGAGGGAGGCAUUAUUGAGCGCUCUACUGACAAGAACAGCUACGUACUUCCAGACAGGGUCAAGGGAGUAGUCAAUGUCAGUCUCAGUGUGGAGAACCACUGUGGAGAGACGACCCAGCUAGAUAGACAGUCUGUGGACACCGAGGCCACUGGCACAGGUGGUUUGGCUGGAGGUGGUGGAGGUUCCAGUGAAAGUGGUGCAGGAGAACUGGAGAAAUCUCUGAUGAUUUUCUUUUUCAUUGGGUUGGCUCCUCCCGUUCUGCUGCUGAUGAUCGUCUUUAUCGUAGUUGUUGUAAAAAAGAUUUGUUCUGACAGAGAAUGAUAUACUCUUAACAACACCACAGAGUUAGCUAGUUCAUAGCCAUUUAUUUGUGUCUGUUUCACCAUUAUGUAGUAAAAUUCACAUAUUAUAAUAGAUAUAUAUGUCCUUUUGAAGCCCUCAUUGGACUAUAAUUAUAAUAAUAUGGUCAAUAGACCUCUCAUUCAUCUUUUCAUGAAACUGGUGGGGGAGGGGAGG